AUGUCAGUUGAAGAAGUUUUUGAUAUUUGUGCUGGUGUGAGAUAUGAUGUCAGUGAUCCAACUUGUUCAUUACUUCAUUCUACAUAUCCUACUCUAUUGAAACUGAUUGAGCAGUUGAGGUUAUGCGAUGAAAUUGCUAAAACAAGAACCAGCAACUGGCAACUGUUCUGUAUGGACAGGAAAGAAACUCUCCCUACAUUAUUCACCAUCAGUCUAUCAGUUGAUGAAGGACUAUCAAUGACACUACUACAAUUAUUAUUCUCAGCUCUCUCUGGUGUCCAUCCUUCAGUGUCCUCUUCCACUAAUAAAAAAGAUGAUUCAACUACAAAGCCUGGCUCUAAAGACAAGGCUAAAAGGAAGGACACUAAACCAGCCUCUAAGCCUCCAGUAGCUGCUCCCAGUGGAACAGUAAACCUUGAGUUGUGUAGGAGCAUUUGUCAACUGAUGAUGGAAUGUAUCGAUGAUGAAAGAUUUGAACAAUUUGUCACUCGUUAUUUGCUACAAAGCAACCAGUCGAAUAUACGCUGGCAGACACACUCACUCAUACACACACUCUAUAAGUAUGUUCCUUCAGACAAGCAGGUUCAUUUGGUUCAGUUGCUGUGGAAGCUGUGGCCCCUCAUCCCUCAGUAUGGACAGAAGGCAUCACAGUUUGUAGACAUAUUAGGUGAAUUAAUGGGUUUCCCUAUGGUCAUCAGAACUUCUCCACAGUGUCCUCGUUGCAAUGCUCCAGUCCCAGCUCAUCCUGGAGUGUGUGCUGCCUGUGGUGAGAAUGCUCAUCAGUGUCAGAAGUGUCGUACUAUUAAUUAUGAUGAGAGAGACCCUUUCCUCUGCAUAUCCUGUGGAUUCUCAAAGUACGCUAGGUUUGAGACAUUAGUCGAGGGACGACCCACUUCAGCUGUUGACCCGAUUGAAACUGAAGAUGAUAGAAAGAAGACUUUGUUAAGUAUUAAUCAGUUGCUUGAAAGAGCUGAUAAAUAUUACAAGGAGCUAGUGACACACAGAAAUGAACUGGAUCAGUUGUUGAUAUCCCUAGCUAGUGAACCAGUGGUAUCUCAGUCUUCAUCAGACAGUGGUGUGAAUCGUGCUAUCCAGUUGGCAGCUCAUUUAUACUGUAACAGUUGUAAAUCGUCUUACACUGACCUUAGCAAAAUAAUACAAAGUGUUCUUGCUUCAAGAAGAGAGCUAGUUGCUUAUGAUAUCAAUAAACUUCAUUCAGGGAAGGUUUCUCCUACUAGUGAGCCAGCAACACCACUCACUCCAAUAUCAGGGGAAGGAAGUGCCUUUUCUCUCUCGUCCCCAGUUUCCACUGCCCCCCUCAGCGAGGGAAAUUGUUUUGGAUGUGCUUCUGCGACACUAGAGCACUGCAUUACUGUAUUAAAGGCACUGGCUUUUAAACCAGAGACAAGGAAACUUAUGAAAAAGGACCUCAUAGAGGAAUUGAUGGAGUUUAAUUUAAGAACCGGUUCCGUUACUCUUCAGAAAGACGUUCAAGGACUGUUGUGUCAACUGACCAGAGAUGAUUUGGAGUCGACUAGGAAUUUGAAUGAGUUCAUAAUGCAGAGGGUGCUAGCUAGUAUCAAACCACAAAGGACGUCACCUAAUCUU